AUGCUGACCGGACCUACACUUCAGAAUAUGCUGCCAUCAGUGCUGACCAAGUUUAGAGAAGCGGAAGUUGCAUUCACUGCGGACAUCGAGGCGAUGUUUAGUAGAAUUCGAUUGAGACCACAAGAUGCCCGUUACCACCGUUUCCUGUGGCGAGAGGAUGGAUCGUCCGAAAUCAAGACUCUUCAAAUGGAUCGGCUGGCGUUUGGUGACAGAUGCUCUCCAUUUAUUGCAAUUAACACGAUACGAAGGGCGGCCACAGAUUCUGGUGUCGGAGGGGAGGUGGCAGACGCCGUUCACAACAAUCUGUACAUGGACGAUUACUUGGAUUCAGCCAAGAAUGUGGAGUUAGCAGUUGAGCGGGCCACUGGAGUAAAAGAAACUCUAGCGGCGGGAGACUUCCAUUUUAAGACAUGGCUUUCAAAUUCUCCCGACUUUCUAAUGGCGAUGGGUGUGGAUCCGGCGUAA